AUGUCAAUUUUGAGUGCUAAGUACUCUCAGCUGGCAGGUCCCUUGUUUCAGAAAGUGGGCAAAAACCGUCUCUGUGAUGGCAAAAUCUGUGCUGAAAUGUGCAUCAGGUGCCAGGCACAAGAACCUCUUCCUGAUGAACGUGUCGAUCACCGGCAGCCCCUGCCUCAAGGUGGCUUCCCGUCGCUGUCGUACAUCAACCCCGCCAGAGGCCCCGCCAUAGACAUCUUGAGAGUCGUCGCCGAAAAACUAAACCUUUGCUAUGAAUUGGUGCCUUCUGUCGAUGGCCUUUGGGGCGCAAAGCUUCCAAACGGCUCCUGGUUCGGCAUGCUAGGAAUGCUCGAGCGAAAGGAGGUGGACAUGUCCGUGGGCCCCUUCGCCCCGUCGACCGAGAGGGCGACCGUGGCGGACUUCAGCGUGCCCAUCCUCAUCAGCGACCACACCAUCAUCUACCCGCGGCCUCAGGUGCUGCCGGACCUGUUCGGGUUCGUCAAGCCCUUCGCUCUGGUGGUAUGGAUGGCGGUGUUAAUCAGUCUACUCACAGUGACAGCGUCGUCUCGCCUCCCAACUCUUUACCGUAGAGGCAGAAGAGGAGAAAGCGAAGGCGAGAACCUCAACUCCAUACUGUGGGCCUUCAUGGUGUUGCUGGGACAAGCCCUUCCGCCGCGCCUGGUGCUCGGCCGAAAGCGCAUCGUCCAGGGGCUGUGGAUGCUGACGGGCGUCAUCAUCGGCUCCGUCUACAAGAGCAACCUGAAGGCCAUGCUCAUCGUGCCCAAGCUAUUGUAA